GGGAUGAUUGAGGAGUUUGAAAAAAAAAAUCUGAAGAGACCCCCUCCUGAGGAGUGCCAGAGCGACAAAGCUGCGGUUCGUUGCGUCCCAUGGAGAUAAAUGCCCCUUAAUUUUGCGGUAAUUGACAUCAUAUAAGUUAAACUGCUCAUUCCCCGGGACUUUUAUCUGUUUGACAAGUUUAUAGGGACGCGGUACUUCGUCAACUGAAUUCAGCAACGCAGUUAAAGUCGUUCGAGUUUAGUCAUUUGUUUUUGUGAAAUACUCUAUUGAAAGUGUUUACGGUGCAUUUUUUCACAUAUCUGGAUUACAAGGACAAAAACAACGCAAUAAAAGGAAAACGUCGCGUUUUAAACAUAACUGAUACACAUAGAAGACACCAUAGCGAUCGCCCGGGAAAUGGAUACGAGCAUUCUUCAUCGGGCUGCUGUAGCUGCAGCAUGGGUGGCCGUCUUACAACUGACCCUGGUUGGUCAUACGGACGCUCGAUCCUGCAAACCAUGCUGGUUGACCAUGACCGGACCCUGCCCAAUCGUCCAAGGAUGCGAAGUGGUGCUGAGGCCGUGUGGAUGUUGCCCCGAGUGCGCUCUCCCUCAGUUUGCCAGGUGUGGAGCAUACACAGCAAGGUGUGCCAGUGGUCUGUGGUGCUACGACCUUAAAUUAAGAAAAGGUUACCCAAUAGUUCCACCAGAUGGCUUCGACUUCAAGAAUGCCUUUUGUGUCAAACUACCAGCAACUACCACCAGCACCAACAGUCCGGUUCCGGUCGACCAACCUGAUAACCCUAAACUUCAGAAUGACCAAGGAGACACUAAUGAAAUUGCAAACGACAGCGUUGUUAUACAGAUAGGGAAUCACACCCAUAACGGAACACUGGACGAAAUUACCGGCAUGCCUAAUGGCACAAUAAUGACGUCACUUCCUCUGAAGACAACACUGGUCACAAAAACCUCAGCAACUAAAGUUACGCCACAAAGCAAAGUGAAUAAACAAGCAUCACCCACCGUUGCAACGAAGAGCUUUAAAGUCCCAUCCUCAAAUAAAAAGACCACAACGAUAAAACCACCAACUUCAGUAACAACACCUUGGAAAGCAACAACCUCAAAGGUCAAGGAAACCACGGCAAUGAAGCGCAAGUCGGGGUCAAGAGGCUGGUCUGUAUUAGUAAGACUUUUGUCGGCACCUAAGAGAAUUACAUCCAGUACGACCGUCCCGGUGAAGGCUAUUACCCCGACGUUCCGCGGUAACCAUCUUAGUUCAUCUACAUCGAACUCGUCAUCGACCAGGCAUACGGUACCAUCACGGUCUUCUCUGACCAGCACUGUGUCUUCUACGGGUGUUGAUGAAACGAAGACGACAAACACGCCACAAUUUACGGCAAAGGGUUCUCCAAUGCAAGCCAGAUUUACCAGCACAAAAAAACCGACAAAGAUCUCAGAGAAAGUUUCCGCAACUGCUAAUGGAACAAGUGCCCUGGUAAGAUCAACAACGGCGCCACCAAGUGAUACAAGUCGACAACAGGGAUCCAAGGACCAAAUGACCAGCGAAAAACAAAGCGCCACCAGGGACAAUCCCUUACUAAGUCUUAAUACAAUGGACACCAAAUACGUUCUGUUGCCAAUGUCAAUGUUCAAAGAGCAAGACAAGAAGAGCAUGUUUGAAGUUAUGUUUGGCAAAACUUUGGAUGAGUUUCUUGGAAUUGAUAUUAUGGUUCCUCAGGAGAGAAGCGAUCUUGCAGAGACUGGCUGAGGUAGUAUUGGGCAUAAAUGUUCAAGAAAUCAACAUAACAGUGCCAGUAUGAUAAACUUUAUUUCGGUACUGACAGCCACCAAUUUCAGUAUGCAAUGUGACCUUUCUUCACCAACGAGGACAUUCUAUAUCUAUGAUAUGUUUGUAUCUGUUAUCUUUCAUUCGGUUUAUGAAACUGGCGGUGACUUGUCGUAUCAAAAAAGGAUAUUUUUGAAAGAUAUAACUCGAAAGAUGUUGCAAAGAAGCUUUAUCACAGUCGAAUAUAGCGACUGGUCGGUGCCAAGUACCAUUAUAUAAACAAAAAGACUGCAUAUUUCGAUUUUUAUCGGAUGCCAUAGCUGAACGUUCUGUAUAUGUCAGGGUAAUCUUAUUAUAAACGUGUAUGCGCAGUACUCUAACUACAGCCCCACAAAUGUGAUUGUUAGUUCUGCCUAACACUAUGCCGGUGAGACUCAACAUGCCUUAAAAAAGCAUUAGAGUCAAUUUAAGGAUGUCAUUCGAUGUGAUGUGUUGUUUAAAUUGCUGUUCCAUCUGCGUGUACUUCUUUUCAAAAGUUAAAAUGUAUAUAUCUCUAAAUUCAAUCAAAAGCAAAUUAUUAUAUUGUGAGGAGGACUAUUUAGUGAUUAUUUGAAUUUUGCUGUAUCUGAUAAUUUGUGAGUAGUUUAUAGGUCUUUUGCUUUUUGCCCAGCGAUCCAUUGGUGUAUCCAUCAUAUUGAUUUGCCUGGCAUUCUUUCUAAAAACAGUUAUUUUCUUAAUAAAUCGAGGGAUUUUUAUUUGCUUACCAUGCCAAGGCUUUAUAUAGAAGUUGAUCUUUUGGAUGCCACAACAGAAAUGAUUGUGGGUGUUUUUCGUUUCAAGCACAUUUUACCAUUGCUUACAGUUACUUAAUAUUAAGAUUACAUAUAUGUUUUUAAACUAAACGUGUU